GCCAGCCCAGCAGCCAGACAGAAGACCGAUGCCGACAGUGACAGUGAGAGGGAGAAAGAGAGAAGGAAAAUUGUAAGACUAGAAAAGAUAAGUUUAAAAAAAAAGUUAAACAUAAUCCUUUUAAUUUUUGAAGAAGAAAAACAAAAAACAGACUAACCCAGGCCAGAAAAAAGAACGGGGUUGUGAACUGCGAAGGGUUGGUGACCCCCAAAAUGGAGGAGGGGCAUUUACACUGCAUGAACUGUGUCAGCCGACGCUGUAUGGCUAGACCAGAGACUGGUGUGUCUUGUGACCUAAUUGGUUGUCCCUUGGUUUGCGGAGCUGUUUUCCAUUCAUGUAAAAUAGACGAGCAUCGUCUUUUGUGCCCUCUUGAAAGAGUGCCUUGUUUGAACAGUGGUUUUGGAUGCCCUUUUAUAAUCACUCGGAAGAAAAUUGCUGAGCAUCUUGAAGUUUGCCCAGCCAGUGUGGUCUGCUGUACAAUGGAAUGGAACCGGUGGCCAGUGAGCUAUGCUGAUCGAAAAUCUUAUGAAAACUUUAGCAAGGAUGUUGAUGAUGUAGAACAGCUUGAUAUGGCUUUAGCACUACAGGACCAGCGAAUGCUGCUAGAAUCACUUAAAGUGGCAACAAUGAUGUCAAAAACAGCUAAUAAACAGCCUCUUGCUAGUGAAAAUAUACUUGUGACAUCAAGUAUACCAGAAGACAAACCUUCAAAUGGAUUAAUUGCAAUGGAUGAGGAGUCCUAUAACGAACUUUAUCGAGCUACGGUAGAGACAACCAGAAGCUUGGCUGCAGCCCUGGAUAUCCUCAGCAGUGCAACAAGUGAAAUGGACUUAAUCAAUGGAAGACUUCUAGAGGAUCGGUCUGAAAGGAAUGGAGAAGUCCGUUCAGAAAAAGUAAAAGUUUUAGACAUGCGGAAUGUUGAGAUGCAAGACCAUGAUGAGGAGUUUGACUGUGAACUGGGUGCAGUUGGUGGAAUGGAUCGUGAUACUGUUACAGGAGGUGUGAGUGCGAGGGAGAUCUGGGCUGAGCAAAAUGGAUUCAUUGACUUCUUAGAAAUAGAGGAGGAAGGUGAAAUAAACACAGUUGAUUUGAAAGAAAAUGUAUCCCUUUGUAAUGGUUUUCACAAUGUAGAUGCUUGCCAAGAUAACCUGGAACUCGAUGAAAUGGAUUUAGAUGCAUCUGAAUCAAAGCACUCUGAAAUAAAUGGGUCCUGGGAAAUAAGUGGGUCUGAAAGUAAGCCAGCAAUGCCUUUUCAUUCAUUACCUGUUCUAGCACCCCAGCCUUCCAGUGCCCAACCACUAUUGCCAGUUCCUGACAGCUUGCAAAAUAGUGCACUUCAACACUUGCCUAUUGACUUUGGUGACAAAAGGUUGCAGCGCAAAUUAUAUAACCUCCAAGUACUAAGAAGUAUGGGCAUGUUUACAUUUAAUGGACGGAGAGGGUUGUUUACUGAUACGUUUUUGUUUCGUGCAAAAAUGGAAGACAAAGCAGUAGACACAUCUGAUCUGGAAGUCAUAGAGGAUCCCAUGGGCCUUCAUGGAAUUGACCUUAUCACAGCUGCCUUGUUGUUUUGUCUGGGAGACUCACCAGGUGGCAGAGGAAUUUCUGACAGUAGAUUUGUCGAUGGAUAUCGCAUUGAUUUUGGGACCCAGACCUUUUCAUUUCCUUCUGCUAUCUUAGCUACAAACACCAUGGUUGGUGAAAUAGCCUCAGCCUCAGCCUGUGAUCAUGCAAACCCACAGCUUUCGAACCCAAGCCCUUUCCAGACACUUGGGCUGGACCUAGUUCUGGAAUGUGUGGCUAGAUACCAAACCAAGCAACGAUCCAUGUUUACUUUUGUUUGCGGGCAGUUGUUCAGAAGAGAUGAGUUUUCUUCUCACUUUAAGAAUGUGCAUGGGGACAUUCAUGCUGGCUUGAAUGGCUGGAUGGAGCACAGGUGUCCACUUGCUUAUUAUGGCUGUACUUACUCCCAGAGAAGGCUCUGUCCCUCAGUGCAAGGUUCAAAAAUUAUUCACGAUCGGCACCUCCGGUCAUUUGGAGUCCAGCCUAGUGUGCCCACGCCCCUGUCUGAACCUUUUUUUUUCAAAACUUGUCCCAUUGAUUCUCAAUGUGACCAUCUGAGUAAUCUUCCUUUUGAAAUUCUUCAGCAUAUUUCUGGAUUUCUUGAUGGCUUUAGUCUUUGUCAGCUGUCAAAAGUAUCUCGGUUGAUGAGAGACGUAUGUGCCAGUUUGCUUCAGGUCCGUGGAAUGGUCAUCCUUUUGUGGGAGAAGAGACAGUACCCAAAUGGAACUUUUCAUUGGAAAAUAAAAGACAAGGUGUGGAGAUUCAGUACUGCUUUUGGCACGGUGAAUGUCUGGAAGUUUGCAAACAUCACCAGCAUGGCUGACCAUCUGAAGAAGUGCAAGUUCAAUACUGUGGAGAGGCGGGAGGAGGCAAUCCCUUUGCCUUGCAUGUGUGUGACAAGGGAACUCACUAAAGAAGGACGAUCGCUGCGCUCAGUUCUAAAGCCAUUACUAUAAAACACAGAUCUAUUACUCCACAAACCUAGUGUUGAAAGAGUUGAAGCCCUCCACAUACUCUCUUUGUAAUAUGACACUUUACCAUUGUACCACAGACAACUUCAACAGCAAAUCCACUUUUACUGUAUAUAAAAUAAUGUUUUGAUAUAUAUAU